AUGCAUCAGAUCCACAGAGUCAACAGAUUUUACGAUUUUAAAAUAGACAAACGCAGACUGCAAGAUGUGCUUAGAACCAAGAUCGGCAACAAUCCAGUCAAUGAAAACAUAAAUGACGCUGCUAAAAACCUAACUGACGCCAUCACAGAGACCUGUGCAGAGGUACUCCCGAAACGAGUUAAGAAAAAUUCACUACGGCCUCCCUGGUGGAACACGGAUGUCACUACCUCAAAGACCAACCUAAAUAGGGAGAAGAGGCGCUUGCUUAGAGAAGCCACUGCCGAGGGGAAAAUUGCGUUCAAUGCAGCCAGGAACGCUCACGUGUCGAAUAUACGCAGGGCUAAAUUUAGCCUUUGGAAGAAGUUUGCCGAAGAACGCAUCAGCGGCAACCAAACAUGGGGCAAACUGACUAAGUGGCUAAUCCGCGGACGUCAAGAGCCAAAGGUCCCAACCGUACUGGUCCGUCAAGAUGGUACCUACACUGAUAACCUAGAUGACACGAUCGAGCUCAUGGUAAAAGAACUUAUACCCCACUCUGAGCAUGAUACACUGCCAGUGGCCCAACCAAGUGAAUUACGGCCAGCAACCAUAGAGUUGGACGAGCUCCGACUGGUUGUAUGGAGACAGAAGAACCGCGCCCCCGGGGCAGACGGGAUAUCGGCAAAAAUCAUAAGGGCGGUAUGGCCAGUCAUUAGUGGCCACUUACUUAGUGUAAUAAACAAUUGCCUGACUCAAGAGAAAUUCCCACACUACUGGAAGCAUGCACAUGUAGUUGUCCUGCUGAAGGGCAAAAAUAAAGAUCCAUUGAAACCGAAGAGCUACAGACCGGUUAGUCUACUACCAGUCCUGGGGAAAAUCCUGGAAGAGGUAAUUUGCAACAGAUUAGAGCAAGACACCGGACAUUUAUUAAGUCAGAAACAACAUGGUUUUAGGCCAGGAAAAGGCACGCACACCCCACUUGCCGAGGUUAGAAAUUGGACGAACCAAAAUGGUAGGCAUGUCUUAGGCUGCUUCCUUGAUAUAAGUGGAGCGUUUGAUAAUGUGAGAUGGCCGGUAUUGGCAUCCGACAUGAGAACGCUGGGAUGUGACCAAAAGCUGAUAGCUCUGGCCAUAGACUACCUCAGAGACAGAACAGCAACAUACGGCAUAGGUAGCAAGAGCCGCAAAAUUACUUUGACAAGAGGGUGUCCACAGGGAAGCAAGUUCGGACCCAGGCUCUGGAACGUAUGCAUGGACCCACUCUUAAAGACGGAACUGCCUGAAGAUGUCACCAUAGUGGUAUACGCUGACGACAUCGCCAUCCUUACGGCAGCCAACACCCGAAAUGAACUUAUACAGAAAACGGAAAGGGCACUACACAUAACGUCGACGUGGGCAGAAGAACGCGGCCUCAAUUUCUCCAGGGAGAAGUCAGUAAUGGUGCCGCUGAAGGGCGGCCUCGUACCGGGCUUCACCGCUAAGAUGGGCGAACAACGCAUAAAAUCGGUACCAACAACCAAAUACUUAGGCCUGCACCUGGAAGCCGGAUUCAGUUUUGAAAGCCACGCAGAACAACUACUAAACUCUAGCACGGACAUGUUCUCGAGACUUAAAGGCAUACGGAAAUCAAAGUGGGGCGCGUCAUCAGCGCUGGCUAUUCUUCUGUAUAAGACAGUAUACCUACCAAGGAUAACCUACGGCGCCAACACUUGGUAUCCUACAGUUAGCGCCAGGCUUAAGAUGAAAUUAGAGAGUGCACAAAGGCAAACCCUGCUGGCCAUGACCGGGGCUUACAGCACUACAUCAACUAGGGCCCUACAGGCCAUCGCAGGCGUUCCGCCAAUAAACUUACAAAUCGUGAUGAAGAUAGAUAUCGAAAAUGGUAUGAUCCGCCAGGAAGCAGAGGAAAAAUGCCUGCGUGGGUGGCAGAGACUCUGGACGGAUUCCACAAAGGGCAGAUGGACAUACAGCUUUAUCCCAGAUGUCACAACAAGAACUAUUACACCACUCCCAUUCGACCAUUAUAUCAGCCAAAUUGUAUCGGGUCAUGGGGACUUCAAUUCGAAACUCGCAGGCUUCAAUCUUAUAGAAGACCCGUCCUGCAAAUGCGGACACAACGAUGAAACCGGGAAGCACAUGCUGGAAGACUGUCCAUUAGCAGACAAUAGUAGAAGAAUACUGAGGAAUGAGAUGGAGAGCCUCGGCCACACCUGGCCGUACGGAAAUGAAUCAUACAUAAAAAGCAAGAGAGCUUGGGAUGCUCUCGGGAAGUUCGCAAAAGCAGUUCUCACACAGAAGGAGAAGACGAGGGAAGAUGAAAGGAGAAUCCAGCUCCACUAA